AUGUUUGAGCAGUUGGUAGGACAACAGCGUAUGGAUCUGCUUGAAGUUAUGUGCGAGCCAGACAGCCUGUUGACAGCCACCUUCCAGAGGAGAACGGGCCGAAGUGACAGCGCUUGUAGAUGCUCGUUGUGGUGUGGUCAUGACCUAUCAACCCCAGGGGGCCUUGCGGUGACUCUGGAGCAGAUUCGUACCCUUAAACCGCGACAUGUUUGGUUAUCACCUCCUAGUGGACCGUUUUCGCCUCUUCAGAGCAUCAACCAACGGACCCCAUCCCAGAUUCAGGAACUCAAGGCUAAGAGAGCCAAUGCCACACGGAUCUAUGAGAGCACAUUGGAAAUAGCCAAGGUGUGCAUGCAGAUGGGCAUUCAUGUUUCAGUGGAGAUUUCGGAAAGGUCCGAGGCCUGGAGGCUCCCGGUUCUUCAGAAGUUGCGGUUCAACAUGGGGCUCCAUACUUGUACCGUUAAGGGCUGUGCUGUUGGACUUGUGGGUCAAGACGGACAGUUGAUGCAGAAGGGAUGGCGAGGAGACAGAUGGGUUGUGACGGUGUUCGUGAGUCGAGGCUUUCAACAUGUUGGUUCGGAAGAGGUUCAGGCCCUGAGGUCCCUGGGAUUUCCGGUUCCGAAGAUUGAUCAUGAGGCCUAUCCAGCUACUCAGCCGCUUCCCCCAAAGUUCACGACGGUGAGUGCUGAUAUCGGACACUGGGUGCACCCUCAAACUGAGGAAAGCGUUUACUUCAUGGUGAUUAUAGACGAAGGCUCGAGAUUCAGAACUACGCGUAUUCUCACUAGAGGCCCACGUCAGGCUCCGAAUGCCCAACAUUGUUUACAAUACCUUCAAGAAGGCUGGGUUCAGUACUUCGGGUACCCCAAGUGCUUGCGAUUGGACCCCGCGGGUGCUUUCCGGAGUCAAGCUGUAGAGGAUUGGUGUGAUCGCCACAGUGUGUUCCUGGACAUUGUGCCCGGGGAGGCACAUUGGAAGAUAGGAGCAUGCGAAAAUGCCGUCCAUGGCGUCAAGGAGGUGAUGCAAAAGCUAUGCCAGUAUGAUCCAGAGUUGAACGUGGAACAGGCCUUGUCCGAGGCCACUACGUGCUUUAACCAUAAGGAGAUCAUACGUGGUUUUUCUCCUGCGCAACAUGUUCUUGGCCAGGCUCCAGAUGAGACGGGCAGAUACCUGUCAGCGAGCCAGGGCUUACCCCCAGAUCUGCUCUGCGAGAACAGCCAAGGCGAGUUUGCACGGGCGGCUAAUCUACGAAGUGAGGCCGAGAAGGCUUUGAGCGAGUGGCAAGCCAAGCAGCGCAUCAUGAGGGCCCAGCACUCAAGGCAUAGGCCAUGCUAUGAUUACCAGCCUGGGGAGCUUGUUUUCUAUUGGCGGUGCCAAGAUGCCAACAAAGGGCGCCGCCAACCUGGCGGCAAGCAUGGCCGGUUUCUGGGGCCAGCCAGGAUACUGGCGACGGAAUCCCGUCGCGAUGAGUCUGGGAACCUACGCCCCGGAGGGGCAGUGUGGCUGGUGAAAGGCCGAAGCUUGUUAAAGUGCAGUCCAGAACAACUACGGCGAGCUUCGGAGCGAGAAGAGUUACUGGAGGCCAUGGUGUCCCCAGCAGAUCUCAAGGUCCCUUGGACCUACCACAUGGUGGCAGAGCAGAUAGGUCCGCUACGAGGACAUCUCCGGUUUGGACGCGGCACCAAGAGAGCUGGCGAUCAGCCGGCCCAACAGGAGCCCAUGGACGACGACCCCCUGGACCUCGACCUCGAGGCCGAACCGGAACCACAAGGAGACCGUGAGAGGUCUCGUAGCCCACGUGGCGGUGCAAGUGGACCUUCUGGUGCCGAUGCCGCGGCCUGGUACACCGAAGUCAAGGACCAAUCUUGGCCAGAGACCGCGAGCGCCUACUGGUCGGACCAUCAGGCGGCGGUGGCAAUCGAGAUCGCCAUGCCUAACAGCCGUCGAGGUUGCGAGCGAGCUUGGAACAACCUGGGUGGCUACUUUGUAGGCAGCAUGCGGCGGCGAGCCGUAGAGCUGUCUGAGAAGCGGAUGACAGCAGAAGACCUGGAGGCCUUCCGAGGGGCGAAGGCGAUUGAAGUCAAGAACUUCAUCGCCUCUCAGGCGUUCGAAGUGUUGCCGGAGCAUCUCCGGCCGGACCGCAGCCAGGCUAUUGAGAUGCGAUGGAUCCUGACUUGGAAGCUGCGAGAGGACGGCUCUCGCAAACCGAAGGCGAGGGCAGUGCUGCUAGGCUACCAAGAUGGCGGAUACGAACAUCGUGCUACCACUUCUCCGGUCAUGACGAGGCAGACCAGGCAACUCUUGUUGCAGAUGGCCGCAUGGAAAAAGUGGAAGGUCAAGAAGGGGGACGUGACAGGAGCGUUUCUCCAAUCAAGGGCCUAUCCCGACAAACUUUAUUGUGUGCCAUGUCCUGAAAUAUGCGAGGCCCUGGGAAUCCCGCCAAACAGCGUGACAAAAGUACAGAAAGCUUGCUACGGCUUAGUUGAUGCUCCAUUGGAAUGGUACAGGUCAGUUGAUGAGUUUUUGCGGCAACUAGGCUUUGAGCGUCUGUGGUCAGACUCAUGCUGUUGGGUACUGCGCGAAAAAGGGGUUCUGAGAGGAAUCAUCAGUGGUCACGUGGGUGAUUUUCUGUUCGGAGGCCAGGCCGGUGAUGAACUGUGGGAGUCGAAGUUAAGGGCCAUCAAGGAGCACUUCAAGUGGGGUGAUUGGGAAGAAGGGAAGUUCACUCAGUGCGGAGUUGUGAUAGAACAGACGGAGUCAGGGUUCGAGUUGUCUCAACCAAGCUACUUAGAGAACCUGAGCGAGAUAGGAGUGAACGCUUCUAGAAGAAAGAACUCCCAGGACCCUACGAGCGAUCGAGAGAAAUCUCAACUGCGCGCCUUGCUAGGAGGUUUGAGUUGGCACGCCCAGCAGGUCGCUCCUUACCUCGCGGCCGAAGUAGGGUUGCUCUUAACCGAGGUAACGAAGAGCUGCGUGGACACGAUGAUCCGGGCGAACACUUUGCUCGCCCACGCGAAGCUCAAGCAGAGCUACAAGAUGAAGAUCCAUGCCCUGCCCUACGACUCCAAGGUGAUGUUUGUGGCCUGGGUGGACGCUGCCAAUAGCAACCGCAUCGACGGGGGUUCGACCCAGGGCAUCUUCGUGGGAGCAACCACCGAGAACAUCAUGCAGGGCGAUGUGUGCGAUGUGAGUCCUGUGAGUUGGCACUCACAGAAAAUCGAUCGGAGCUGCAGGUCGCCUGGCGCAGCAGAGGCACAGGCGGCAGUGAAUGGAGAGGACCAGCUCUUCUCUACCAGAUUCCAAUGGAGCGAAAUGCUUCAUGGGCGGCCUGACUUACACAGGCCAGACGAGACCGUGAAGCUGACAGCAGGAACGGUUGUCACUGACAGCCGUAAUGUCUACGACAAGCUGGAGACCGAGGUGAUGGUGAUCAAGGGAGCAGAAAAGAGGACGAGCAUCGAGAUGCUGGCCUUGAAAGAAGCUCAGGCUUGCACAAACGUGCAGGUGAGAUGGGUGCAUAGUGAGGCACAACUGGCCAACACGCUCACGAAGAGCGGAGGCCAACGCGAGUACGACCUCUACUACCGUAUGGGUCACAAGUGGCGGCUGGUGGAGGACGAAUCUAUGAUGUCGGCACGGCGGAGGAAGGAACUAGGAUUGCUACCGCUCGAGCAGCCUAGCAAGAGAUCUAAAGUUAAGAGUUGCGAUCUGGGGAGUGAUCAAGCAGCUUCGGAGCCUAAGAGCUCCACCAAUCUUCUCCAAGAGGAGAGGGGGGCAUGA